AUGCUGGACGAAAACCUACCCGCCUUCUUCAUGAAGCCAAACCCCGAUGACCCUCUCCGAAGCACAAUCUACCUAGGCCAAGGCGGCCAAGAGCUCAGUCCCGAAUACACCCUCCGCCGACCCGACCCCAAGCAGACCCCCGAAGCGCGCAACUGCUACGCCGUCGCCCUCUACGACUCGCACAACCCGGACGUCCUGUACGCCGAAGUCCUCGUGCAGCCAGAAUGGACGCAGCCGACGCUCUCCCAGGCCGAGAUCCGCGCAAACAACGGGCUCACCCCGCCGCCGGUGCCGAUCGUGCCGAAUAGCUUCACGAUACAGUUGUAUAACCCGGACCAGCAGGUGGCCGUGAAGCAGAUCGCGGGGUCGUGGAAUUUGUCGGCGUACUGGGAGUUUGAGAUGCCGCAGCAGACGUUUAGGCUGCCAUCGGCGUCGUCGUUGGAUAGGGAGCAGAGCGAUCCUGCGGCGUCGAUAGUUACGCCUAAGGUGACGUUUAAGUGGAAGAAGGAUGGGAAGUUGUCCAAGGAUAUCACUUGUUUCAUGGCGGGGAAGUCUACGAAUGGGAAGAAGAGCAAGGAGCCUGAUAUCACUAUUGCCAUGUUUCGGAAGGGCAAGGAGAUGACGAUGUACGAGCCGAAUAUGCACCGGGUGGAUGUUGAAGAUACAAAGGGUCUCGAGGUUGUGAUUUUACUAGGCGCAACCGUCAUAAAAGAUAUCUUCUUCGAAGCCUCAAAGGAAAUGUUCAACAUCAGCACCGUCGCCGCCCCAGCCAUCGCCUCCCCAGCCCGAAAAUUCAGCGGACCCGGACCCGUUAUGAGCGGCGCCAGGCAGACCGCAGCACCCACCCCCGCCCUCGGCGCAUACUCCCUCCCACCACCAAUAUCCAACGCCCAAGCCCCUCCACGCACCCAAGCCUCACCUCCAUCUAACAACCACUCCAUGAGCCCUCUAGACCAAUGGCAGAUGAACCAAGAAACCGCUCGCCUACGCGCCCAAGUCGAGUCCGAAGAGCGCGACCGCGACCGCCGCAGCAGAGACGAACAAAAGGAGCGAGACCGCCGCGAUCGCGAGGAGCAGAAGCGCAUCAAGAAGAUGCUCGAAGCCGAAGCCAAAGAGCAAGCGCGCCGCGACGCUGAAGUCGCGAAGGAGACUGAGCGCUUGCGUAGACAAUACGGCGUUGCUACCGUGCGUGACGACGGCGCCCAGCCGACUGUUCACUUCGCGCCCCCGCUCCCCGCGCGCCCGGUCUCAUAUAUACAGGGCCCUGCGAUGCCACCGCGGCCACAGGGAUACACGAGCGGGCAACAGAACCGGCAGAAUCUAUAUAACCAGGCCCAGCCGAUGCAACAGCUCCCGCAGCACUUCUCGGCGCCGCACUCGCAGCCUUCGCCUGUGCAGCGCCCGGUGAGCGCUAAUGCGGCGCAGACGGGGCCGUUUUCGUCGCAGACGCUGAAUAAUUGGUGGUCCGGUCCGAAUGCGUCAGCUCCUCCGCCGACGAAGAAUAAACGAAGCAACUCGGGGACGUCGCAUCCGCAGACGCAUGGGAGUAGCAGUGGGAGUGUGAGCAGACUGCUGGGGAUAGGAGUUGAAGGGGAAGGAGGGAGGCAAAAGGUCAAGAAGAAGCGCAGCGUGUAUUUCUGAAAAGUGGGUUGAAUGGGAUGGGAUGUACGAGGAUGGCAGGAUCUAUGAGUGAGUGAUUAAGCGUGGGAUGGAGGAGGGGCGUUUUGUCGAGAUUUAUGAUAUCCAUGAUUGCGAAAUUUAUAUAGUUAUAGAUGUAGGGAACGCUGGAAUGCGAA